AUGUUAACAUUCAAUCUUUUGACCGCCUUGUUGGCACCAGGUGUGCUAUCAGCUGCCUUGCACCCUCGACAGGAGGCUGAUCUUGAUGGAUUCAUCAAGUCGGAGUCUACCCUUGCUCUCAAGUCCAUUUUGAGCAACAUCGGCGCCGAUGGGUCUGCUGUUUCUGGAGCAGGUGCUGGUAUUGUGAUAGCGUCUCCAUCCAAAUCGGACCCAGAUUACUUUUAUACCUGGACCCGUGAUGCAGCCUUAACAUUGAAAGUGUUGAUUGAUGAUUUCCUCGCCGGAGAAACCUCGCUGGAAUCUACCAUCCAGGACUACAUCACUGCUCAAGCAAAGCUACAAGCCGUGUCUAACCCAUCCGGUGACUUGUCCGACGGAGCAGGACUUGCAGAGCCCAAGUAUCAAGCAGACGCAACUGCCUUUACAGGUGACUGGGGCCGUCCCCAGCGCGACGGACCCGCUCUACGAGCGACAGCCAUGAUUACCUAUGGCAAUUCUUUGAUUUCGAAGAAAAAGGAGGAUGUCGUCAAGUCAAACAUCUGGCCUAGCGUUCAAAAUGAUCUGAACUACGUUGCACAAUACUGGAACCAGACCGGUUUCGAUCUGUGGGAGGAGGUCGAGGGCUCCUCAUUCUUCACUAUUGCCGCACAGCACCGCGCGUUGGUUGAGGGUAGUGCAUUUGCCAAGUCGCUGGGAGAAUCCUGCGAGGGGUGUGAUUCCCAGGCACCUCAGAUCCUAUGCUUCCUGCAGUCCUUCUGGAACGGCAAGUCUGUCGUUUCCAACGUGGCCGAUAAUGGCCGAUCUGGUCUGGAUGCAAACUCCGUGCUUGCUUCGCUCCAACUGUUCGACCCUAAGGCUGCUUGCGAUGAUGUAACCUUCCAGCCUUGCUCUUCUCGGGCCCUAUCGAACCAUAAGGAGUACGUUGACUCGUUCCGUUCGAUUUAUAACGUGAACAAAGGCAAGGAGGCUGGAGCUGCCGCUGCUGUUGGACGGUAUGCCGAAGACACUUAUAUGGGCGGCAACCCAUGGUACUUGACAACACUUGCUGCCGCUGAGCAGCUGUAUGAUGCUCUUUAUCAGUGGAAGCAACAAAAGUCAUUGUCCAUCACAGAGACCAGUCUUGCUUUCUUCAAGGAUCUGGAUUCAUCUGCUGCCGUCGGUGACUAUGCCAGCGACUCGGAGACUUACACCUCCCUCACUGCCGCGGUCAAGAAAUACGCCGAUGGAUUCGUCUCUGUCGUUCAGGAGUACGCGCCCAAAGGUGGAAAUCUAGCCGAACAAUUCACUCGGGAUGACGGCACCCCAGCCUCUGCUAAAGACUUGACCUGGUCCUACGCGGCGUUCCUGACUGCUGCUGAGCGUCGGGAUGGAACUGUUCCCCCUACUUGGGGUGCGUCUGAUUCUAAGGUGCCCGAUGAAUGUGAGGGAAGCUCGGCCAAGGGAACAUACGCGGAACCAGGGGCUGUCUCAUGGUAA